AUGGGGAAACCCGGAGGGAACAGAGACUGGACUCAGAUCUACGCGAUUUACGGGAUUGAGCAAUGGCAGACGCUCGUCUUCCUUCUCUUCCAUGCCUUCUUCUUCUCAGUCCUCUCAAUUCUCUUCCUCAUCUACUUCGACCAGAUUUGCCUCUUCCUCGACUACUUCUUCCUCUCCGGCGCAGCUAGACUAGCAGCGGGUUUCACCGGCGCCGUCACCGCUCUCUCCGCCGUCUGUCUCCUCUUCGCCGCCGCUAAUUUCGUCUACUCCGACGUUCCCCUCCAGUACGAGAUGGCUCAACGCAUGGUCAGCUCCGUCGGCGACUGGUCCUGUGUCAAAACGGCGCUCGAUCUCGGCUGCGGCCGCGGUAUCCUCCUCAAUGCCGUCGCCACUCAGCUUAAGAAAACCGGUAGCUCCGGUCGCGUCGUCGGUUUAGACCGCUCCAAACGGACCACUCUCUCCACUCUCCGCACCGCCAAACUCGAAGGUGUGCAAGAGUAUGUGACUUGCCGGGAAGGAGACGUGAGGACGUUACCGUUCGGGGACAAUUACUUCGACGUGGUGGUUUCGUCGGUGUUCGUCCACACGGUGGGGAAAGAGCACGGUCAGAAGUCAGUGGAGGCGGCGGCGGAGAGGAUGAGGGUGCUCGGUGAGAUAGUGAGGGUCGUGAAGCCAGGAGGUCUUUGCGUGGUUUGGGAUCUCUUACACGUGCCGGAGUACGUGCGGCGUCUUCAGGAGCUGAAGAUGGAGGAUAUACGAGUCUCCGAGCGAGUCACGGCGUUCAUGGCCGGCAGCCACAUCGUGUCGUUCCAAAAACCCAGCGAACUCGUCGCCGGACCCCGUGAAGUCCGCCUCGAUUGGAGAUGCUGA